AUGCCGUGCCUGAACGUGUCGACCAACGUGAACCUGGAGGGGGUGGACACCUCCGCCAUCCUCGCCGAAGCCUCCAAGUCCGUUGCCAACAUCAUCGGCAAGCUAGAGGCCUACGUGAUGAUUGUUCUCAAGGGUUCGGUGCCUAUGGCAUUUGGAGGUACCCAGGAGCCCGCAGCUUACGGUAAGCUGGUUUCCAUUGGAGGUCUGAACCCUGAUGUGAAUAAGAAGCUGAGUGCUGGCAUUGCCAUCAUCAUGUUCUCAUUGGAAUUUUGCUGUUUGUUAGGCCCAUCCGGCACAAGAACAUGCUCAAUGUUUGCAUGCUUUGCAUUAAGAAUAGAUCAUGUAAAUAACCAUAUGUUGUUUGGCGCCAUCUUCCUAAUUCUGCACAUGCUUCGUUUCUACUUGUCUUCAUAG